AAACUCUUGCACCUUGCAAACAGCACUGCCUUUGGCUCUUUUUGCUAGGUUCAGAAUAAUCUUUAACAGAAGCCUUCAAGCUUCUCUCUUAUUCUAGUGUCUUCUUCUUCCAAGAGUGAAAAAGUUAAAAUUUCAAAGAGGCCAAUUGGUGAUGAUGGGCAUUUCUUUCAAUGCAUGAUUUGUGAUACUGAGGGGCUGUUGCUCUGUUGCAACAACUGCCCAGCAACCUGUCAGUUAAACUGCCUUUCUUCACCUCUUGAGAAAGCUCCCAAAGGGGAUUGGCAAUGCCCCAACUGUAGCAACAAGGAAUCAGGAGAUUCACCAGAUGAACCUGCAGAUCCAAACGCAACAUCACUUGCUAUAGAUGUAUGGCUUCGAUUCAGUGUUCCUUCAACUCUAACCAUUCAAGGAAGUCUAGGAGCAAUCAGUGGAAGCCUGUAAUGGACCCCUUAUGCAGGCAAGCAAUGUCUGAUGCUUCUGGUUUUUUAAAUUACAUUAGAUCAAAGAAUACUCCAUGCUUAUUUCUGUAUCUCUCUGUGUAUCCAAGUAGAAUGGUGGUGACAAAGAGGCAAAUCCAUUGCCAGAAGCAGCCUUAUAGCACACACAAACAGGAAAAGAUCAAAAAGAGAACUUUUAACUUUUAAGCUUCACUUCAAUUGUGUAAUUGUGUUAAGUUACAAUUUCUAACAGGGUUUUAUCCACAAAUUCAUGUUAAUAAAUAUGAGCUUUUCCC